UUCGCAGAAGGGUCUCUCUUUAUUUAGGUGUUUUGUUCUGUUCUAAUUUCUGAAAAAUUGAAGCUUUUGAUUUGGUUUCAAGAGAGCAGAGAGAUGUGUAGUUUGUCGGCGAAUCUGUUGCUACCAACGAAGCUGAAACCAGCUUAUUCAGACAAACGGAGUAACAGUAGCAGCAGCUCACUCUUCUUCACCAACAGAAGAUCCAAGAAGAAGAAUCAAUCGAUUGUUCCCGUUGCAAGAUUGUUUGGACCGGCGAUUUUCGAAUCAUCCAAAUUGAAAGUAUUGUUUUUAGGGGUUGAUGAGAAGAAGCAUCCUUCAACGCUACCAAGAACUUACACUCUCACUCACAGUGACAUUACUGCUAAAUUAACUUUAGCUAUUUCUCAUUCCAUAAACAAUUCUCAGUUGCAAGGAUGGGCAAAUAGGCUAUACCGAGAUGAAGUGGUGGCAGAAUGGAAGAAAGUGAAAGGGAAAAUGUCGCUUCACGUUCAUUGUCACAUAAGCGGUGGCCAUUUCCUUUUAGAUCUCUUUGCAAAGUUUCGAUACUUCAUCUUUUGCAAAGAACUACCAGUGGUAUUGAAGGCUUUUGUGCAUGGAGAUGGGAACUUGUUGAACAAUUACCCUGAGUUACAAGAAGCUCUUGUUUGGGUUUACUUCCAUUCUAAUGUCAACGAGUUCAACAAAGUCGAAUGUUGGGGUCCGCUUUGGGAAGCUGUUUCGCCUGAUGGUCACAAGACUGAGACUCUUCCCGAUGCUCAGUGCGCGGAAGAGUGUAGUUGUUGUUUUCCAACCGUUAGCUCGAUUCCAUGGUCUCAUAGUCUUAGUAAUGAAGGUGUAAAUGGUUACUCUGGGACUCAGACUGAAGGAAUUGCUACUCCUAAUCCGGAGAAACUCUAGUGAUUUGAAAUUACAAGUUUUUCUUUUGGUUUCUGGUAGUUUGUAUAAAGUGAAAAGGAAAUGUCAGGUCUUUCCUUUUGGUGGAUCUAAAAAAAUAUUGGUUUGGUUUGGUGUACAUAAUGUGGUAUAGGAAAAUAAUGAUUAUUUGUAGGUUAAAUACAAAAAUUUAAGUAUU